AUGGCGAGCGCUCACGCCGGCUUUGCCCUCACCAUCGCUGCUUCCAGAAGCUUCAGCUUCAAUAUCGUGGCAUGCCCCUCCCCCUCGCCCACGCAUCGUCCGGUCGCUUCGCGCGUUGGGGUCCGCAACCAGCAGCGCGCGUCCACUGCCACGGCCUGCCUCCAGCAGCCGAGCGCCUCCCAUGACGCCGCCACCAGGCUGUACGUCAGCGGUCUUUCGUUCCGCACCACCGAACAGAACCUCCGGGACGCAUUCGAAAAGUUUGGUGACCUUACGGAAGUUUGUCUCGUGAUGGAUAGAGUAGCGAAGCGACCGAGAGGUUUCGCUUUCCUUUCUUACACCGAGGAGGAGGAAGCCAGGGGCGCCAUGGAAGGAAUGCACGGGAAGGUGAAAGAUGUUCAGAUCGUCAGAUGCUUGUGUGAUAAUCUGUUGAUCGUCAGAUGUUCAGAUAACUUGUAG